AUGGAAGAUGCCCAGCCUCCAUCUCCUGAGCAGACUCCUUCCCCUCUUCCCAAGCCUGUUGAGCUGGAGGAGUGGUCAAAGCCUUCUGUCGAGUCCCGAAAAUUUCUACCCACUGUCGACCCCCGCUCAAAGCUCUAUCCGUUUCCCGACGACAACGGUUUCGAGCAUGAGACGCGUCCUUUGCUGCCUCUCAACGCUGUCGCCUCUUCCUCCCCUGCAUCUCCACGUAUCUUCCAGGACCCCUCCCUGUCGACCAAUCACUCCAGAUUUCGCAUCCCCUCCCCCCUUCCCAACCACUCCCCUACUGCCACCCUACACCUCUCCACCACCGCCACCACCGUGCCAUAUCCAGAAGAGCCGGAGAAGUUGGGCCAACUCGUUUGGCUCGACCUCAAAACUGCCUCGGCCGAAAAGGCGCUGGGGAGAAGAGUGGUUGUAAAGCGAGCGGCCAUCGGAUUUGGGCAUCCUGGGGCUAUGCAGGCCAGGCGCAUGCUGGCGAGCGCGAGGGACGCGGCGCAGAGGGAAGCCGGGCAACGAGGACCGAGGGGACCUAGGAGAAGGGUCUGA